CAAACAUCGAAGAAUCAAACCUUCAUCACGUCAUUCUCUACAGCUCUAGUCUACUAUCACCAUCUUCCACGGCCUGUGACAGCAAAGUGACGAUGAAACACGAAGCUCUCUUCUCUCUUCUCUGGACCACCCUCUCGGCCGCCCUCACUUUGGCAGCUCCUUCCCACUUUGGUCUCAAGACCGGCAACAUUGCUCUCGCGGAAAGAACCACCACGAAAUUGGACGCUCGCAAAGCCGCAGACGACUCCAACUGCGUGGCAUGGACCGACGGCCACGGAGAUCUGAAAUGCAACGAAUUCUCCAUCAUCCUCGGCCACCCCAACCUCGCCGACAUCAUCACCAAGAACUACCUCUUCAUCUACAUGCUCAACGUAACCAACGAGUUCAUCUACACCUCGCCCACCAACCCAUUCGUCAACGCAACCAACAUCCUGGAGAUCAAGUCCGCGCUGAACUGCAACGGCGAUCAGUGGAAGUCCGUCCCUUCGGUGCUGCCUUGGACGAUCGAUCUCCAUGGGGGUAACGCGUGCAAUGAGAACGCGUAUAAUGGGCCGUAUGAUAAUACGUGGAUUAAUUACUCGGGUCAGCAUUUGAAUGUGCCGGCUGAUGGGAGGUGUAGGUGGAUGAAGAGGGUGGGGUUUAGGUGUGUUGUUGAUAGGGAGGGUUGA